AUGACGGACCCCGCGAAGGAGAAAGAUCCCGAGGGGAAAGAAAACUUACCAGAUUCGGAUGAACAAAGCGAGAAACUGAGCGUGCGAACCCUGAGUGAAAGCAAACUGGACAGUGGCACUCUGUGGCCCAACAAACAUGCACAGGAGGACGGCCUACAGGAGGGCACACUUUCUUCCCUCAGCUAUAACCAAUCAAUCGACUUGAGCAGCCAUCCACUGGAGAGCCCACCACCCAUGGUGUACUUAAAAGGAACCGAAUCCUUGAAAGAACUCAACAAUUUAAGCCAGUACUGUGACGCCAGGGGGGAUCAACCCAGCACCCUGAAGAAGUUACUUUCAGAGGCUCGUGAGAAACCAGAAUAUGACUCGACAGGUACGCUGAAGAACCAACAUGACGAGGGGAAUCACGGUCAACCCAGUGUUUUGACCUCCAAACUACGAGACAGCCAAUCCCGUGAGGAGCCAGGCGACUUAAACUCAGCCCCCAAGGAGACAAUGGAGAACAACAGCCGACUGAUUGAACUUGCCAAAUGUAAUUUUGUGUCUUUUCCUGUGAAGUGACCCCCCCCCUCCCUCCUUCUAGCGUAUCAACACCGCAGCAGCGAGGAGCAUGAAAAAAUUAUGCGGUCAGCUCUGCAGCAGAUCAACAGCCUUUUCCAGAAUAACUCCUUCUGCUCCCUGGACUCCGUCCUCACGGAGGCCGCAGCCGAGGUCCAGUCUCGCCUAAAGGUUGGUUUCCAAAAUUCGAUCAAAAGAAGGCGAAGCUUGCUUGUAUAGAAGUCGUUCCCACGACGUUGUGGAAACGCAGGACUAAUACACUUUUCCAGAGAAACUAGGCAAGGGCAGUUCAGCAGUCGGUCAACCUGCUUCCUUACAACGUUGCUUAGUAACACGUGUAGUUUAGCAUUUACCUCUGACCGAUACGCUUCUGAGAGGCGGAAACUAUCUUUGCUGUGAACAGACUAAAUUUGGAAUGUGAAAAGCUUCAUAAGUUCCGAUUAUUUCUCGUAGUGCCGGCAUGAUGCCACUUAACAGAGAGCAUGGCAAGUCAAUUCAUAUUUGCAUACUACUGACUACUUGACGACUGAAUGUGAAUAUUACGUACUUGUUCCUCUGUAGUUGAUGAAAAACUUAUGUCAACUUUCAGAUCGAGCCCAAGUUGACGUGACUUGCAGACUUUCCUUCAAGUUAUCGUAAUAGAUCCUAAGAAAAUAAGAAAGCUUAGCUUCGCAAUACUUUGCCCGAAAAACCUAAGGAAGGUCACACAGUAAAUACUGGCCGUUGAAAAGGUACUAAACGCCUUUACGAAGACCUUUUCACCUAGAAAGGAACGCUGCCUUUUGUGCAUGAUCCGUACGUUUGCCGAAUAGCAAGGCGAACAGUCUGGAAACUUUAUGCGGAAAAAUUUAUUUUAUCCACAAAGAACUUCACUCCCUUUUAGAUAAAUAUUUUGGCCUGCUUGUCUUUCAUUAUAUAAAGGGCGAUCUCAUUGGGUAGGGUUAUAUUGUCCUGGCGUUUAGACAUCGGAUAAACUUCCAUCCUCAGAGCUGAAUGUCACAGUACUUUCAUCGGUUGCUUCGUUCCAGAUAAUUUGACCUGUCUCCAAUUCAUAUAUAUAUAGACAGAAUGGUAUUACCGGCAAAGACAAGGGAGACUGGAAUGGCCACUUCUGGCUUAUUAGCCGUCGUCAGCCAGUUAUGCUCAAUCCCGAAGUGUGGAACACCCGAGACUCGAACUCGCGACCUGUUAGUUAGAAGUCCACGCCUCUAACAACUAGGCCAGGAACCCGUUGCCCUGUCGGUUUCGAUCGGGAAUAUACAAUCGUAGGGUGGCGCUCACCGAUCAUUCUUGCGGAACUCACUCGUUCCGUUGUGCCCUACGGGCUCUCUCUAGAUCGCAACCAGCAACCACACAGCUGCACCUGAUAUAGGCAGAAUUGUAUUACCGACAAAGACAAGGAAGACUGGAAUGGCCAUUUCUGGCCUAUUGGCUGUCGUCAGCCAGUCAUAUCCAACUCCGGCAAUACCAUUCUGCCUAUAUCAUGCGUCCCAGAUGUUCCACACCUCGGGGUUGGGCAUGACUGGCUGACGACGGCUAAUAAGCCAGGAUUGGCCAUCCCAGUCUCUUUUGUCUUUGUCGGUAAUAACAUUGCCUAUAUCAUGGGCCGCUGUGCGGCUGCUGUUUGGGCUCGAGAGAGAGCCCGUAAUGCAAAACGGAACGAGUUUCUUAAGAACGAUCAGAGAGCGUCCCCUACCGUUAUAUUUGUACAUAUAUAUGGGUCCUUAGAAAUUUAUGCAUACUGUUAUUCAAAGUUUUAGUGAUACGUCUAUGCCAAUUCACGUUUUUAGCGAACCCUGAGAAACGAGUUCUCGGGUGUCUUGUGUUAUAAUCCUUGAAAUUCAACCAUUCACUGAUCUGGCCUUAUUUUGAGCUAGAACUGAGAUGGGAUUUAGAAGAAUAAAGUGAGCUCGAAAGAACAUAUGGAUUUUAUCGAAAUCUCCUUUUAAAGGGAGUGAUAGUGACAACAUUUAUAGGCCAAAUAUAAUGCUUUUCUUUGUUUAAGGCCUCAACGUUGACAGUCCACGGAAAUGAUGUUUUAUCUCUGACUUCAGAAUGAAUAUCAACGGCUGCGCGGAGAGAUGCAGGGAUCAAUCUCGCGCAUAGUGGCGUUCGAACUGCAAAAGUAUGCUCUUGUAUAUUGUUUUCUCUGAUUACCCAUCUAGAGCCAGUUGUUCCCUGGAAACGAUGAUUUAUCAACUGGAAAGCAUGCGGGAUCUGGCUCGAGAUUAUGAGAAAAAGUUGGCAAAGAAGGACAGGACCAUCAGUGAGUUGUCCUCGGAGAUAUCCGAAGUUAAACUGACUUUCGGCCAGCAGCGCGAUAUCGACAACAAGGCGCGCAAGGUACUGCCAGGCAACUACUCUUUUAUUUUCUACAAAUGACAUAUGAUUUUUCUGUAAGACCACUUCACCGGUCCUACUGUUAAACAUUUUGACAGAUCUCAGUCCGAUGCACGUUUACUUAAUCUUUUUUGACCCGAAAUGUACUAAAAUGCAGUCGUCCUAAAUAUUUUUGUUAAGUCGCGGUACAGUUUGAAGUUUUAAGGGAUAACUUGGCUUUGGAGCAAUUAAACUGCGCUUUAGUGGAAGGUAACUUUCGAGGUACCUUCAAGGGGGAAUGUAUUUCAUGGUAGGAGGGCGCUCACCAAUCGUGUCAUGGAACUCACUCGUCCUGUUGUGCCUUAGGGCACUCUCUCGAGCCCAACCAGAAGCCACACAACAGCGCGUAAUAUGGACAGACUGUUAUUAUCGACAAAGAAAAGGGAGACUGGGAUGGCCAUUUCUGACUUAGUAUUUGUAAUCAGACGGUCAUAACCAAUUCCGAGGUGUGGACAUCUGGAGCUCGAUCCCGAAAUCUGUUGAUUAGAAGUCCAACGCUUCUAACUCCGCUGUAUCUUACGAUGCCCCUUCCUCAUCUACGCCGUCGUCCAGACAUCACUGCUGCCUGUCAGGAAUGGCGUUUCUCGUGCGAAUCGUUUUGCUUCGUUAGAUGAUUUUCCAGUUGUCUUAUUUGCCUCCCAAUGGCUUGAAAAUAUAAAAUAAUACGUCCCACCAUCAGCCGAUACUGCUGGAGUUCAAAUAAUGAGAGUGUUCCCAUUAAGUUCCUCUUUGUGGAAAGAUGACUAUUUCUCCUGAUAAGUCGACUUGGCAUAUCCAGCCAAUUAAAAAUCGCCACGGGGAAGGGUUGGCUGCUUGUCAUCGAAGAAUGCACAUUAAGCUGAUAACGAUUAUCCGUGGCAGGUACUCAGUUCCCACGGCCUGUUAGUCACUAAAUGUGCAACCACCGAUUUUGCAUUUAACUAUUCCCUAGUCGCCUGCCUCUGGUUGUUUGUCUAAUGUAUGUUAAUCUCCGGGCAAAGAAGUUUCUCUCAUUUCAGGGUUGCAUCCGCGCUUUUUGGUUGAUUCCGAACCGUUUUUCUAUCAGCCUCCUGUUAAAGUUAUUGUUGAAUCUAAAUUUUCAUGUGGAUUCUUAAUUUUUGUUCUGCUGUGCAAAUGACUUAUAGCUAAUUCUCCGGUCUUUGAUAGUAAUGUUAACACUGUUCGCACAUUGAUCCACAUGACGAACAUUUUCAUCAGAAUGGUUUGAUACCAGGGAGACUGGCGGUCAUCUGAAGGAGUAGAGAGUGGGAUGGAUAUUGCGCUAGUCUACUAUCACUAUAAACUAAAUCCCUCGCAAGUCACCGUCCCUACUCGCACCCUGAUAUGAAGCAGACUAUGAAUAUCGUCAAAAAUGAAAGUCAAAAUGUUGAUGGCGUAUCUCAUGAAAUACUGACCGACAGACUUAAAUAGCUUAACGCUGAUGCACUGGCAGAUCAGGCUGAAAAAAAGUGGGGAAUCGGUAAACUUUUUUAAAACCUAAAUAUGAACUUUCUUUGGGCAUAAAAUAUGAAGACAAUAUGAUUUCUUACCAAAUGAGCAAAAUAAUGCAUAUUUAUGUGAAAGUUCUCUAUAAAAUAUAUUUGAACUUAUAAGACCAUCGAAAAUCAAUAGGAAAAAUACAUGUUACCUAAGUAGUCUUCUUUACCGAGUGUGGUUUCUGCAGGAAUUCAAAAAAGGAGUGCAUUCGACAGUCGACAUACGGACGAGUCUGAAAUGUUAUAGGGUUAUGCUGCAUGAUAAUCCGUAUAACAACCCCACUUAAGUAAUCCUUCCUAAUCGGAAAAGCAUUCCGGAAUUCUGGCCAAAAUUUCAUCAGAGUGGUCACGCACUGUAAUAUGCUUGAAAUUAUCGUCUUGAGGGGCAGCGUGACCCUACCUUUGAUUGAUUUGGAUGCCUGGGCUGACAAAGCAUUUUAUCUCACAUAAAAAUUAAGAUAAUCAUCACUCUUAUCAAGAUAGACACAUUGUGUUUCAUAUGCUCUCACUAUAUUCAGCGACUGCCUUUUUUGUAGAAAUUUUGUACGCAAAUGGCACUUAACCACGCUAAACGACGACUCGUGCUGCGAGCCUGGACUUGCUGGAAGAGGGCCAUUGAGGCUUCGUGGAAGGAUCGGGUGUAUCGGCGUCUGGUGGAUCAAGCUAAUGAAGUCUGCGUUAAUCUGAGACGAGAACAUGCGCGCAUUGUUGCUGAGGUGGGUCGGAAAAAAUGUGUUUGUUUACAGCACGGCCUAAGCGACCGCCGUCGCAGGGAUAUGCCCUGCAUAGAUAAUGAGAUUUUCGGCACAUUACUGACGUUUCUUUUAGGAUAUCACUUGCUCAUUGCAGCUUUAUAAAUUAUCUAACAACUAAAUUAUAUGAACUUACGGUAAGGUGACUAAAACUAGACGUACUUCGGUUAACGUGGCAAUUUGUGGGGGCGUCCUAAAUUUUAAAAUAAACACGGGUGUUGAGCCUAUCUAAUGCCUGAAAAUCCUCCUGUUAAUCCUCUAUGGGUUUCCGUCCGUUGCUAGUGUUGGCAGCUUUUCCAAAAUAUUUUUUGCGCACUUCGCUACUAACAGCUGAAGGUAAAAAUGUCCACCCAGGAUGCUACUGUGCAAUUUAAGAUCUUCAUGAUAUUUUAGAUCAGUAGUUCACGGUCCUGAUAGGAUUUACUUAGCAUUGCUGGCAAAUCAAAUUCUCAAUUUGCAGCUUGAUUUUAAUAACCAACGCAUUUUCCGUCCGGUUUUAUUGAUACCGGAAGUGGACGCUUUAAGACUCAAAAAUGAGCUUUUUAUCUAAACAGCCUUCGGGUUUAUUUGACUUGCCUUGAGGCCGAUUGGUUGUCCGACGAUGACUCACGUCCCGUAAGCAUUAUUUUUCAAAUGAAUCCCACUUGCUUGGAGACAAACAACUGGGAACGGAACGCCUAACUGCCUUCCUGGGCAAAUGAAUUUUUAAAAAAUUAGAGAAUACCUAAACCCUUCGGGUAAGUGCGUAAUCAUGCAGAAAACGUGGGACUCCGUAGCACCGAAAUGCAAAUUAGAACAUCCUGUUCGAUUAUUAUCCAGUUAUUUUAAUUUUUUAUUUACGAUGGAUGAUACUAAAGGGAAUGUAAUUCUGUUCAAACAAAUAAAAUGUUUCAGAAGACAAGCUGGCGGGCAUAAAGGUGCUUUCGAUAAAUUCUUGUGGAGCUAUUUCAUUAAUAUGAAAACUAAGCCCCCCACAUGCCCCAGCCACAGAAUAACUUCUGCUUCCCCGCAUUUGCCUUUUAAUCAUCUCGAUAGCAAUAUAAAUGUAUAGACCUGCUGAGAAUUUAUCGAAAGCUUACUUAUGCUCGUUCUUUUGAAUAUGAGAACAGUGUAAAAGUUGAAGCAUUUGAGCGAUAAGAGGCAUCGACUAAGGUUCCUAUUUUCCUGAGAGUGCAGGAAGGAAUAGGAGAUAGACGAAGGGGAGUGUUAAGUAGAGUCGCGCUAGGAAAAGUGCAUGCAACUAACCGGCUUUUGGCCAUGGCAAGCAUGAAGCUUGCAAUAGGUUAUUCUGUGCGCACUGGACCGGCUUUCGUAGCCCGAUGACAGCUGCCUCUGUUGUUGCUAGUAAACGCUGACCCAGUGACUUAUGGUAGUUCAAUGGGACCUCAUAACUCACAUGGAGGGCUACGUUGGGACCCACACAAUUCCUGGAAUCAACAAUGUGUCCGAAAAUGCGUUAUUUAUACGCUUAAUUUCGUUUUUGGACCAAAUUUUUCAGUAUCCCCCUAAACAGGCGACAGCUGGUGCAAGCCAUAUGACCUGCUUCACAGAAACAUGUAAGGUGCCAAAUGCAAAUGGAGAUGGUCUAAGUUGUCAACUUAUCCCCACCUGCUCCGUGUUAAACAGGGUUAGUCGAGAAUAAUGCCCGAAAUUUUGCUGCUGGUCAAUGCGUCUCAAGGUAGAGUGGCGUUCACUGAUAGUUUCUACGGAAUUUACUCGUCCCGUUGUGCUUUACGGGCUCUCUCUAUCUCUCGAGCCCAACCAGCAGCCGCACAGCAGCGCAGGGUAUAGGCAGAAUGGUAUUGCCGACAAACUAGUCUCCCUUGACUUUGUCGGUAAUAACAUUACAGUGUCAUGUUGAAAAAGAACAUAGUUUUCUUCUUAAUGGGUUUUGCCCGUCUAUCUAUAAUAUCCUCUGCAAUAGAUCUGUCAAGGUAGCCGUUCUCGCGAAGUCGGUCCAAGGUAUUUCAAGGCUAUCUGACGAUGCUAUCGAUCAAACAGAUGUUUCUGGCCAUUUGCGCCAAACAAUAGACUAAAUUGCAUUUUCGUUGAAGGGGUACGAAACUUGUGAAGUUCGAUUAUGUUCCAGACCAAGUUUUCUUUCAAUAGACGCUUCUUUGAACGCUACCAUUAACUUGGAAUACUGUCAGUGCUGCACGAUGUUAAGUUAUACAACCCUUCUUACUUCAUCUUUUCGAAACGAAAACGCAUUUAGCAAUUCCGGUUGACAUUUCAUGAAUUAGCCAACCUACUCUAAUCCUUGCCUAGGUCUGUUUUAAAACACGAAGUGUUAUAGAGUCCACAUGUAGGAUCCUAUGCGGAAGACGGUACACUGGCCGGAAGCCAGAGCCAGGUUUUGGCUUUACUGUCCAUCAGUGCGCAGAAGCAGCUUUGUUUGCGAUAGUUUUUGUCUGAAGCAUUUUUUCCCGGGUAUGAAUUGAAAACAAGCAUGUACAGCAGAAUUUAUUGGGACCAAUAAAUUUCGUGACGGCUUUUCAACUGCAGCCCGUCUCUGCAUAGCAUAGGUAACGAAUGAAAGCGCACAGCAGUAUGAAUUUGUACAGAAUGGCAGUGCAUAAGAGCAAGGUCAAAGUUCAAAACAAUCAAUAAUCAGAUAAGACGUCCACGUAAGCAUCAAAAAGGAAAAAGGGAGACGAAAUGUUAACAACAAAUCACAGUCAGGGGAAAAUAGAGGCGUGAGAUUACCAGGGCAAUUGCAGAUUGAUCAUGUGAUCUAACUGCUUGCACAGGUCUGGUUUCUCCCUCCGUAUGUAGGCUGCUUCCAAAUAACGCAAGGUUCGAGUUGUACGUGCUCGGACAAGUAAUCGAAAGGACGCUUUAGGAUCGACAACAUGACCGCUAUCUAACAGGUGUUUCGUUAUAGACGAACGGGGGGUUCUAUUUUCCUGUUUGAAAAGCCAAUUAGGCAAAUGCUCAGCGGCCCUGGUUGCCAAUUGCCUUUGCGUACGCCCAAUGUACUUACAUCCGCAAGUGCAUGUGAAUUCAUACACACAAUUGGGGGUGGCGUGCAUUGGCAAGGCAUCCUUUGCCCGGUUAGUUGGAAGGCUUUUUGUGGAACUGAUGAAGAUAAGCUCUGGUGCGUUGUACGUUCUUUCUAUAGUGCAACGCAAGCGUCGCUUGAUUGUGUUUGAGACGUUGUCACCCUUAAAAGGUAGACAUACUAUAACCGAGUCUUCGGAACGGACUGUUCCGUCAACUUUGGCCGUAAAUGGUUGCUGUACUUCUCAAUGAAGCGUGCAGGAUAACCACGAUUACGUAAGACUUCUUUGAUACGGGCAGUUUCUGUGUCUAUGGUCUCCCUGGAGCAAAUAUUUCUCGCUCUUUGAAAAAGAGUAUGUACUAGAUUACGUUUCCAUUGUAUUGGCGCAAAGCUUUUAAAAUGUAAGUAUUGCCCUUUCCACGUAAUCUUGUGGAAGACGGAGCGUCUUAUUGAACCAUCAUCCUCUCUAAACAUGAGGACGUCCAGGAAGGGUAACUUGUUAAACUGCUCCAUUUCCAUCGUAAAUUUGAUUUUAGGAUGCAGAUUAUUCAUCAGGCAAAGUAGGUCGGAGGCGUCUUCCCUGUUAUCAACAAUCGUGAAUAUAUCGUCCACGUAUCUCCUGUAUAAUGUUGUCAUGUUUAAUUCUGAGGAUCACGUGAUCAAUCUGCAACUGCCCUGGUAAUCUCACGCCUCUAUUUUUCCCCUGACUGUGAAUUGUUGUUAACAUUUCGUCUCCCUUUUUCCUUUUUGAUGCUUAUGUGGACGUGUUAUCUGAUUAUUGAUUGUUUUGAACUUUUACCUUGCUCUUAUGCACUGCCAUUCUGUACAAAUUCAUACUGCUGUGCGCUUUCAUUCGUUACCUAUGUUAUGCAGAGACGGGCUGCAGUUGAAAAGCCGUCACGAAAUUUAUUGGCCCCAGUAAAUUCUGCUGUACAUGCUUGUUUUCAACAGUUCUUGUCAACGCCAGCGGCAAUCCUUCCACUAGUCCAAGUUAACUAACACGGCUUUAUCUGAUCUAUCAGCUGGAGGAGAGACUGCGACUCAGCGAAGCCAAGCUGAUCGAAGCAGACCGUCAACAGCACGAGUCACACAUGGCCAUGAAGUCGGCCCUCAUGCGCGGCGUCUGCGCCCUCAACAAGGAAACCAACGAACUCAUUUUCAGCUGCAUGCAAAAUUCUGUACUCUAUCAAAAUGACUACCUAAGUAGCAUGAAUUAUUCUCAUUGAUUUUCGAUGUUCUUAAAGAUUCAAUUAUAUUUCAUGGGAAACAGAUAUAAAAAUAUUCAUUCUUUUACUCAUUCGGUGUACACUUACGUCUUCUUUCAAUUUUGUACUCGAAGGAAGGGUAUGGUCCAGUUUCCAAAAACUUUUGUAAUUCCCGAAUAAUUUUUAACUCGGCCUGCUGUUAUACUCGCAUUCAGGGUUCCCAAACAACAAACCGCAUACUUUCCACGUACGAAAAACCAUACAUUUCUCUAUGGUAUUAGAAGGUGACUAUAUAGGGUUCAUAAAAGUUAGCAGUGGAUUUGAGGUAUACUGUUAACUUUAAAAGUCACCUUGGUAAGUGCAGAGACAUGACAUUUUAUGAAGGGCCAUUUCACGGCAUUAAAAAAUCCCACAGUAAUAAACUUUUUUAAACCAAAUUAUAUCGCUCCUUUAAGUAUAAAAUUGGAAGAAGACAUGAUUUUCUACCGUCGAGUAAAAGAACGAAUAUUACUAUGCAUGCUUUGCAUUGAUAUAUCAUCGAAUUUACAAGGGCCUUGAAAAUCAAUGAGAAAAGUGCAUGCUACUUAAGCGGUCAUUUUUUACAGAGUAAAGUUUUUGCAUACAGCCGAAAAGAAUUUCGUUCGACAUUCGCAUCCUGAGGUAACUGAGUUAUAGAAUUACGCGGCACGAUGAUUAGUUUUACAACUCUACUUAAUUCAUCUUUUCGAAACGAAAACGCAUUUCGUAAUUUCGAUUGACCUUUCAUGAGUUAGUCAAACUACUGUAAUCCUUGCCUAAGUCUGUUUUAAAGUUUACCUGUAGGAUCCCAUGCGGAAGACGGUACAUUGGCCGGAAGCCAGAGCCAGUUUUUGGCUUUACUGUCCAUCAGUGCGCAGAAGCAGCUUUGUUUGCGAUAGUUCUUUUUAACGCCAGCAGCAAUCCUUCCACUAGUCCAAAUUAACUAACCCGCCCUUAAUCUGCCCUGCCAGCUGGAGGAGAGACUGCGACUCAGCGAAGCUAAGCUGAUCGAAGCAGACCGUCAACAGCACGAGUCACACAUGGCCAUGAAGUCGGCCCUAAUGCGCGGCGUCUGCGCCCUCAACAUGGAGACCAUGUCUGUCCUCCAGCCGGACACUGAGAACCUGCCUGUCGGCUAUCCGGAGACGGCGGCGGCAGCGACAGCGGCCGCGGUGACGACGACGGCGACGGCGACGCCGACACUGCUGCGCAGCCUCGAUGUCAGUCAGGAGGAACUUCUGCGUCCUCAACCGCGUCCAGUCAAGGACAACGGACACAAUGAGAUUGCGCUGGGGUUGCCCAGGACAACGAACUGCUUCGCCAGCACCGGUAGGUUCUUUUAAGUUGCCGCACAAUUCUCCCUCAGAUAAACCGGGGACUUCGACCAAUCUUAUUGGGUUGUCGCAUAAGUUUGUGCGCUUUUCAGUUAUUAAACAAUUUCAUCAUGUUCGAUUUAUUUGUAUUAUAUGUCCUUUUGUUCAUCCAGCCAAGCGUUAGUAGAAUGUGUGGCAACGGUAUAGAGAGCGACCCCAUUAAACUGUCAGUAGACUGUGGAUCGUGCCAUACGUGAUUUAUGGUAAAGGGAGUUUUAUGGGCGGGGCAUUUCGCUAGACAGUAAGCUGACAAAAUGAAAGAAAACACAAUUGCCUCGAUCUAUGCCGAAAGUCUUAUUCUGCGCUAUUGUACGACGACGAAAAUGAGAGUAAUAAUUAAACAAUAAACAAAAAUAAAUUUCACAAAAUAACGGAUUUUGAGUUAUGGUGUAUGAGAUCGUGGGAAGUUAUUGUUGCUGGCAAUGUAAUUUCGCAAUAGCCCUCAAAUGCCUGCCAAGAAAAAACCCCAUAUGACACGAUCCGCAGUCUACUGACAGUUAAGUGUGGUCCUUCUCCAUACCGUUGCCGAAUUUGCUUAUAGUUUUUAAUUUUAAUUAACCUACGGUUAUCUGAAGCUUCAGGUCGACAAAAAUGAACAUUUCAGAUAUCAUUUAGUUUAAUUCAGUAGAAAAGUGAAAGCAUUAGAGGCCCUCAGAAACGUCAGUGCUGUUUGCGGUGGAGGUUCUACUGUUAAAAGAACACCUCAGAAUUGGUUUUCCAGUUUCACAGAAGAUGCGUUUGGUACGACAGACGUAUCGCCAUCUGCAAGGAAGUCGCUGUUCGAUGGGGAUGGCCUUAAUGCGCAUAUCCACGCAGAUACGUCAGACAAUUAAAGAGACUACUAGAAAGUCUGGAUGCGAAAUAUCAAUAAUCUCUCUCUCUCUCUCUCGGUAUCUUUUAGUGACAAAAACAAGCCUCAGCGCGCAAAUAUUUGCGUCUCAUUAUUAGCCACACAUCGCCUAGUCCGUGAAUUAUGUGAAAUGUGUGAAACAUAUUUUUACUGAAGAUGAAAAUUUGGGCUUGCAUAUGAAUAGAAAAUAAAAGAAAGAGUGGUCAAGCUCCUACAAGCCAGUAAACCCUCAAACCAAACCUCCACAGCAGACGAUUUUGGUACGACGGACGCAUUGCAAUCUGGACGGAAAGCAGUAUUCGAUGGGGAUCUCCCUAAUGCGUUAAUCCAUGCAGAUCUGUCAAACUAUCAGGGACGACUGCAUGCGAAAAAUCAAUAAUCUCUCUCUCUAUCGAUAUCGCUGAAAGUGGAAAACAAGCUUCAGCGCGCAAAUGUUUGCGUCCCAUUAUUAGCCCCAAAACACACAAAUCGUCCAAAUGCUAUCAUUUUGCAGCAUGACAAGGCCAGGUCUCACGCCGCAAAAUUUCCUUUAAUGCCGCUAGAGAGCUUGGCUGGGAGGUUUUUUCACGUCCGCCAUAUUUUAUUGAGUUUGCUCCGUCGGAUUACCAUCUUUUUCGGCCACUCAAGGACAAUUUGACCGUAGUAUCCUUCAGUAACGAUAUGAAUCUUAAAAAUUGGAUAAACGACUUCUUUGCGUCAAACUCCGCAAAUUCCUGCAAGUGCGGGAUAAAUAAAACCGCCUGGACGUUGGGUGAAGGUUGAGAACAACGAAGGGGAAUGCAUAAUUGAUUAAAUCUGCGAAUGAUGUACAAUAAUAUUAUAAAAUUUUGAAUAAUUAGAAAGCGCACGAACUUAUGAAACAACCCAAUAUUUUACAUCUCCCUCCCCGGCCCUUGUCUUACUUCAUUACAGUUUGAUAGUCUCAAACAGUGACGUCCACCGUCUGACCCAGGGCGUGGUGGGCGCAAGAUUGUGAUCUGGGUUUUACGUAGAUGUUUUGGCAGAUUUUGAAUAAUUCAUAUUGACCCAACUGUGAAAAACUCGGCGCCUCGGUGCGAUUCGAACCCACGCAGAAAGGGGAAGGCUCUAGUACAGCCAACGCUCUAACCACUUGAGCUCCGAGGCCCCGUCGGACGACGCGAGUUUAAUCAUAUUUGGGUCAAGUUACCCGCCCAACCUACUGCAACGUCUGGAAUCCACCAAAUAUGAUACAGUAAUUUGACUGUCCAGGCAGGAUUUCCUAAGUAAUUCAUUUGGAAUCCACCAGAUGACUACCAGGCUCACGUAAUUGAUCGAUGUUUUGGCAGAUUUUGAAUAAUUCAUAUUGACCCAGCUGUGAAACACUCGUCGCCUCGGCGGGGUUCGGACCCAAUAUGAAUGAGCCUGGUGGAUUGUAGGCUAGUUAAGUUGGAAAUCCUGCUUGGGCAGUCAACUUACUGUAUCCCAUUUGCUGGAUUCCAGGUGUUGCAGUAGGUUGGGAGGGGGGGCAAAUUUGACCCCAAUGUGAUUAAACUCUCGUCGUCCGGCGGGGCUUCGUAGCUCAAGUGGUUAGAGCGUUAGCUGUACUGAAGCAUUCCCCUUACUGCGUGGGUUCGAAUCUCACCGAGGAGCCGAGUUUUUCACAGUUGUGCCAGUAUGAAUCUGAGUUUUAGUUUAUAGGGCUAGAAGACUUUUGCGGCAUCUACUUCGUCCUCUCCUAACUUACCCAUUUACCUCCGCUGAUGAGACAAUAUCAAAACUAUCGGAGUUUAGCUGGGACGCAAAACUAAACAGCCUGUCCACACGUUUGGCACGCGGUUUGGUCGCCGGACCAUUAUCAGGUUCUUGUGAGGACUUCUCGGAUCUCAUUAAGGGCAUACUGAGAAAGAGCCAUUGUAGACCAAGUUUCAGUCCUGAGGGAAGGAUUGAGUUAUCCCGUCAGUCGGCCACUUUCGAAGCUACAGGUGAUAGCGCGCCUGUACCAGAUUCCUGCGCGUCAGAAUAAUUAUAGUAAGAAAUACGUUGAUUUGCCGUUGGGGUGGAUGCUCCAGUGACGGACACGCCUAUUCUUCCUUCUCCUAUGCAUCAGUGGCUUGUCUGAGUCCGUCAGAAAAAUGGUGAUGGAACUAGGCACAGUGCCUGACGCAAUCUGGAGUUCUACGUUUAGGGCGUACCACGGGUGCAUAAGCUUGGGCCAAACCUGCGCGGGACGAUUAACGUGUGCUGCGAGCCAAUUUACUUCUGCUCUGGUCCGACGCAUCUAUAGCAUAGCCCUCCGGCGUUUUUAGGGUCUAGAAAAUAUGCACUUCGCGUGCGAAUCAAUGUCAACAGGUUAACUAAGAUAAAGGAGAGAAGAGUCUCUCGGUAACUGCUCUAAUCCUGUGGAUGAAUCGUAUUUACCUAGUCAAAUCAUGAGUAGAAACGUUUGGCCGACCUCCGGCUGGAUGAUAAUGCGUUUAGAUUGUUAUGGCGGUAUUUUUCACUCAUUAACUGGCGGCUAGGCAUGCGUGAUUCAUUUGUUCAUUUGUCCUGGGUGCUAGGCGAUGAGCGCCUUACAACACACCAUGCUAUAGAUGCGCUGGAUCAGAACAGAAUUAAACUGGUUCGCGCAGAGUUCGCUGAAGCCCAUUCGCACGUGGUACGCCUUAGAAAUGAAAAGUUAGCCAAAAGUCAGAAAUUUGUUUUCGAUUUGGAGAGAUUACUUAGGUGGCGUUAUAAUAUUAACUAUCAAGUGGCACUAUCUCAUGAUAUUUUAGACUAGCCAGGGUGUAUGCUUUUGAGUGCAUUUCUUUUUGACCUUCUGCGGAAACCACACUCAGUAAAAAAAGGCUGCUUAACUAGUAUGCAAUUUUCAUGUAGAUUUGCUAUGUGCUUGUAAAUGCAAAUGUGGUUUAUAGAAAGCACGCACAGAAAUCCGCUUUGCUCCAUUCAGUUGGCGGUGAAUCCCGUCUUUCUUACAUUUUGUGCUCGAAUAAAGAGUGUAUUUAGGUUUUAGAAAAGUUAACACUUAUGAGAUUUGUUAAGACCGUGCAAAGUCCAUUCGUGCAGCAUCGCACCUGUUCGUCUAUUUUAUAGAACUAUGCAAUUUCUGUUUAAGUAUACAACAUACGCCGCACCCAUUGCAAAAUUUUGUAAACUCUACAUAGUACCUUCCUAAAGGCAUCGAUUUUCUCUACACAGAAAGUAUACACUAUGUGGACUGAAGUCGCCAAACGCUCACGUAACGACUGAUCUGGCUCAAAAUCAUUCGAGAAUCAGAAGACUUUUCCAAAACCUAAAUAUACUCUUUAUUCGAGCACAAAAUGCAAAUAAGACGGCACUUACCACCAAUUGAAUAGAGGAAAGCGGAUUACUGUGCGUGUUUUCUAUACAAUAUUCUCAAAUUUUCAAUGACAUCGCAAAUCAACAUGAAAAAUGCAUACUAGUUAAGUAAUUAUUUUUUAUUAAGUGCGAUUCUUACACGUGAUCGAAAAGAGGUGAAUUCAAAAUCAAACACCCUGGCGAGUCUAAAUGUCCUGAGAUUGUGCUGUUCAAUAAUUACUAUUAUAACCCCACCUAAGCAAUCCUUCCAAAUCAAAAAAGAAUUACAGAAUUUCGGCUAACAUUUCAUUUCUUAGGCGUACCACGCGCGCAUGGGCUUCAGCGACCUCUGCGCGGGCCAAUUUUACGCGUGAUGUGGGCCAAUCUAAUUUCGUUCUGGUCCAGCGCAUCAUAUGGCAUUAUCUGCUGUAAGGCACCCAUCGCCUAACACCAAAGACUAAUGAACAAACGAAUCACGCAUGUUUAGACGUCAGUUAGUGGGUGAAGACUACCGCCAUAACAAUCUAAACGCACUAUCAUCACGCCGGAGGUCGACUAAACGUUUCUGUUCAUGAUUCGGUCGGGCAAAUACGAUUCAUCAAGAGGAAUAGAGCAUUCGCUUCGAGUCUCUUUUACCCUUUAUCUGAGUUAACGUGUUGACAUUGGUUUGCGUGCGAAUUAAUCGGAUGCAUAUUUCCUAGAUCCUAAAAACGCCGGAAAGCUGCAGUUGUUCUAGCUGACCAAAAACUGUUUCACCGAGAGAGGAAUCCGGGUAUCUGAGUCAGCAUUCUACUUUUAGAAACAGUCACAUUUGACUGCGGCCUUUACCUUUUUGUGCGGACGGUCGAAAAACCUUAAGGGGCGUUACCCGAGGUCUUGAAUUUUUCAUUUAAAUUUUUCUAAACGUUGCCUUCGCAGUAGCUGCUUUUGUUCGUCCCAGCCCCCCACCCCUUUCCGCCAUCUUGUGUGCAUUUCUCUCCAUUAACCAACACCUUUGACCACUUCAGACGCCUGGCCACGCACCGGCCCACCGACCUCUGCUACGACGGAGAGUUUAGCCUUCCGACAGUGUCGGCCUCAACAGAGCGUGGCAACCUCGUCCACUUUGGCCGGAAACUCUUACCAGGCCUCAACCUUUCUGCAAUCCACCGUUAGUCGUCGCGGGCACCUCUUUUUUUUCUUUCCUACUUUUUAAUUACAUACUCUACAGAGCUCCAUAGGUGGGAAUCAGCGGCUUACGCCUGCUGGGUUGAAUUUAGAUACUGUAAUGUAAGACAAAUGGGACCUUAAAACAAAAAGUGCUAAAGCCUGUUCUUUGCCCUCAGAGAAGUUGGUUGUUGGCGGGCAGGGUAGUUCAAAUUAAUGGAGUGAGGUAGAGAAGCCCUCUUGUAUUCAAACGGAGUCCCACUGCAGCCACUUUCGUGCUUUAACUGUGGAACACCUGGGGCUCGAUCCCGGCACGAGUGAGUUCCGUAAGAACGAUCGGUGAGCACCCCAUUACCAUUUUACAUUCCCGGUCGCUUCGCCAGGACAAAGAGCCCGUGGCUUAUUGUUUAGUGGUGCUGGACUUCUAACAAACAGACCACCGGAUUGAACCCCAGGUGUUCCACAUUACGGGGUUGGGUAUGACUGGCUGACGAGGGCUGAUAAGCCAGAAGUGGUCAUUCCAGUCUCCGUUGUCCUUGUCGAUAAUGCUACUCUGCGUAUAUAUACACAUUUCUUGGCAGAGAGUGUCCAGCGAUCGCGUUAUUUGACUCACUCGUCGCGUUGUGCGUUGAGGCUCCAUCUACAGCCCCGCUAGUAGCCGCGCAUCGACUAUUAACAUGUGAAAUAUAAGAUUACCUACAAAAACAGGAGAGACUGGGAUAACCACCAGCUAGUCAUACACAACUCCAAAAGCUUACAACGCCUAGGCUUCAAAUCCAGGUCCUCUUAGUUUGACUUCCAACGCCCUAACCAUUGGACCACGAGCGGGUUGUUCUAUCAGUUGCAGUGGAGCAUAUUAACAGUCGUAGAGAAGCGCCCAACUGCUGCAUUAAACUUCUAAUUAAUAGAAACCGGAUUCGAGUCCCAGGUGUUGCAAAAACCCGAGGUUGGAUAUAGGUGGCUGACAAUGGCCUACGAAUCGGAAACGGCCAGUCCGGUUCCUUGUCCUUUUUUAAUUUUUGUUGUCUCAUGCACCGGCGUAUAAAAUUGCUCCGGUACCCCUUUCAUUUCCAUCAAAUAACUAUCGCUGUCUAAAUGGCAUGUUUUGCCGGAUCAAGUAGACUGGUGAAGGCACUCCGUUUGUAAGCAAUAGGGUGUUUGCUCUUGGAAUGCAGAACAGCGUCCGCAUAAGUUUCUUUGCGGUAAAUUGAUGUGUGAAAUUUUCCAUCAAUCAUCCGCUGUACGUGGACGUCAAGGACCGAAGUAUUUUUUGUUUUAUCGCACGAAAAAAGAAAAACACCAAAGAUUUUUAAAAAGGCCGGGAGCAUUAUCAUUCUUCCGGCAGAUAAAUGAGGUUCAACUGCCAUUUUGGACAAGGGAGACUACAAUGAUGCUCCCUCCGAGAAACCUUGAUAAUCAUUUCUUGAUUAAGUAUUUACUCGUGACGAACAGUGGAUAACAUUUAUCAAUCAGACCAAUGGCUUGAUCAUGUCAAGUAGGCGUGUGACCAUCUCUGUUGUGGUUUGGAUCUCACUCGAUCCCAUUCUGUCCGCCCGCCAGCUUGCUACUGGCAACAGCAAACGCUGUCAUAGGACACACCCACUUGACAUGCUUAUCUACCUUACAUCAUAAGGCCUAUGGCGUACUGAUGAUCGGUAAUGACCGUGAAACAGCUGUCUGCGUCUGGCAUGUUGCACUCUUAGAGAGCUGCCCAUGCAUUAUAAAUGGCUUGAUCGGGAUGAGGCAUCCAAACAUUUCCGAUACCGAAGUUUAAACAACAGAAGAUAACGGCAACCGUAUGGUGGUAUACUUUUAUUGUUUUCCACCACAGCUUUCUCGAGGCUCAUAUAAACAGGGCAGCAGUUUACUGUAAGCAACUCAACGAAGUACAUGUUCACUCGAUAAAAAAUGGACUUUUACUAAUGAAUCGCGUGGCCCAAAUCUGUUUUACGACAAUGAACAGCCAACUAGCCCGAGAAUGACACUGCAGAAACUCAGCGACUUGGGAUACGAGACUUUACCAAGUCCUGCGUAUUCUCUCGAUCUUUCAACCACUGAUUAUUAUUUUUCAAGAACCUGGAUACGUUUAAGCAGCGAAACCUUCAAGAACAACUUUGAGGUGGAAUUUUGUCGGCAAGGCAUGCAUGAUCAUGUUCAUCGACGGCAGAGAUGCACAAGACGCCAGAGGCCAUAGUUUAACUAGUCUUAGCAUUCCUAGCGUUACGUUUUUCCAUAAUAACUUUUUGUUUCUGAAACCUCCCGGCACUUUCCAAACAACUUAAUAACACAAAUUAUGCCAUUUUAAAUUCCGAAGCUUAAUUUCGGUCAUAAAUCUUAAUUAAAAUAGUUGUAUAUUAAACCGCUGGAGAAUAAUUUAAGAGCUCUGUCCUUUCAGACAGCACCAACUUCAAAUAUACUGACUGGCAACCAUGCAAUCUGAAAUUUUCGACGACUUCCUACCGUUCUCCCAGUCUGUCGGUGUUCAUUAGUUGUUAUGAAAAAACUAGGUUUAGUCGCCAAAGCGUUACGCUGGCCAAUUCUCAAGUAAGAGUUCCAAGACCUGGUCUACAGUAACAAUGCUCUUGCACUAGACAUCGGUCUGAUGACUUAAGUCGAGGAAGCAGCAUUACACCUGAUAUGAUGCCUUAAAUUUUUCGUUCGGAAUUUGCCCUGAGCGUACAAAACCAAUUGCCUCUUACUACACAAACUAAUACCAAAAGCAUUUUAGAGAACUGGCUAUUUACUUCCAAAUUUUACAUAUUUCAGAGCUUUCUGGGUUAAAUUGUACAUCCGUACGUAUUACAGAUGGCGCUGCGAUAAAUUCAGGGCUUAAGGUCGAGUUCAAAAGGGCCAUUAGUAUUAGGGUUAUGGUUAAGAGGUUUAACGUUAGGGUAAAGGUUAAAGCUGGGAUACGGGAAUAAGUACCACCGCUAGAUGUCGCUGAAAACCAUCUGUAGUAUGUGGGAGGGGCACUCAUACCCGUACCUAAUUGUUUCAUCCUUCCCACGGCGGCUAGACAGUUCCAUUUGCAAAAGUUUCGCUUAUGCGAUUGUUUACCGAAAUAAUAACAUAGGUAUUUGUUAAAAGCCCAGACACGCGUAUUUAGCCGAUUUUGUGCCGCCGUCUGACGCAGCUGAGAGGGGUUCGGCUCAUCAGUGCCUGCCCUCAUCCCAAUCCGUGUCUGAGCUUUCAGAUGGUACCUGUGUUGUUAGUUGGAAAAUACUUAUACAAUUCUCGACUACUGGCUGCCAGUUGGCGGUUUGUGAAUAUUACGCGAUUAUUCCGCAGUAGCUGAUGGAUUUCAGUUCACAUACUCAUAUCAGAUUUCGGACCGUGCCUGAAAAGGUCUCUUCCGAGGGAUUUACUCCACGUUCGCGCAUUUGUUUCCUUAGAAAUUAAGCGACGCUACAAUAAUAUUAUUUAAAAGUAGGUUAAAAACAGUUUCGCUGGUAUUUAGAAGUCGGAACACCGGAACUGUUUCUUGUUACUCGACCAGUAUUCUUCUAUGCUAAUACAUACACGGGGAAUUCAAACUUGCCCAAAAAUAACCUAUUUUGCUCAUUUUGGCGUAAUUUAAGCCUUCGUCGUAUGUUGCACCCCAAGAAACCGUUUCUUUUCGUUUUGAAAAACGUUUUUGAAGUCCCAGAUUAUUCAAUGCCUGAACGUCCGUUUUACUUAUGUUUGCAGUUUCGGAAGCAUAAGCAGCGCACCUUAAUUUUGGGGAAGAUUAAACUUUCUUGUGUUUUUCGGAGAAUCCUCAUGUGUGACUCGCAAUAUUUUUUCAUAGUUCUACACCGCGUUACAUAAGCCAUAAUCCUCCAGCCUUCCCUGUGUGUUUUCUGGUAUAUGAACUCCAGUUUUAUCUUCCCUGUUUAAUUUCCGAGGAAACUAAAACGCGAACUUGGAGUAAAGCCUUCAGAACAGACCUUUUCAGGCAUGGUCCGGAAUUUGAUAUGAAUAUUUUCGCCGAAAUCCGUCAGCUUAAUAUUCACAAACCGCCAACAAGCAGCCAGUAGUAUAGAGUUGUGUAACUAUUUACCGUACUGACAACGCAGGUACAAGCUAAACCUAAACUAAUGUAUUCACAUCAAAUUUCGGAUCGUGCCUGAAGAGGUCUGCUCCGAAAAAUUCACUCCAAGUUCGCGCAUUAAUUUUCUCUGAAAUUAAACAAGGUAAAAGCACGUAUUUAGUCAAUUUAUUUAAUCGACACCUGUGAUGUCAUGACCAACUCUACCGCUCUUCUUUUACAGGCCAGAUCAUAUGACUAUUCACGUUUUCCCGUGAAACCUGGCGAGACGUCUCUGGAACCCCUCUACUCACGAUCUCAGAGCCAACUUUAUCGAGAUUUUGAACGUGGUUAUCUCAGUCAGACAGUGGCACACACCGGGGGAGAACACGGUGAUCGGAUUCGAGCGGGUCAGGCAGAGCCCUCAGCACCGAAUGUCGUCAAUGCCCUUGGGGGCAAGGUGCUACGUGCCUGUCAUGUGGGUGUGGGAGACGGUAUCGCUGUUGUUACUGCCUCCGCCCCGAAGGUUGUUGUGCGAUCCCCGGCCUCUUCAGCGGCCGGCACGGGAAACUCCGUGCUACGGGCCCACACCGUCCAGUUAGGGGCUCCAGCCGGACCGAGUACUCACAGCUCUUCCGUUCUCGCUGGAGUUCAUGUUCAACGCCAUCGACCUUCCAGCGAGGUGAGAUCAUGGGAUAUGUGAUAGGCCGUCAGAUUUGGACUUUCUGAUGCCUCUUCUGGUGUCUCUCUCUCUCCGUUUUCGGCCACUAUGACGAUAUUUCCGUUGACUGAUAUGUUUGUUUGGCCAUUUUUAUCGCUAGAUAUCCGUUCUAUGCACCAAAUCCUGUAAUAUCGGGCGGGGUUUCCGGCUUGUGGCGUUUUGAUGACAUCCACGGAGAUCUGCAAAUUGCCGAUCAUAUAUAACCAUUUUGCAGUCUUUUUGUCCCUUUGAAUAAAAUAUCUAGAAAGCAGUCAGUAAGGAGUGUAAAAGCCCACAUAAAGACAUUUUGUAUUCACCUUCCCGAUCUAAACACAUCGCCUAGUGUCAACCCUCUCCGCCUAGAAAUGCCUUCUAAGCUUCGAAGGCUCGCCUGCUGUUUUCAAUUCACGGCAUAAAAACGCAGUGAGAUUUUUGGUAGAAUACUCAUUCUCCUCAGGCAGAUAACUGCUGGUCUUCUUCCGUUUUUAAUGUUAACGAAUUGGCAGACUGCGCUGGAAAGAGUCAGAUCGACGUCUUUUACUUGGUGGGAGAUGAUGGAAGGAGGCAGAUUUUCAUAAGUUAGAAAAUUUCGGUGUGACCGAGCAAUUUGUCUCAAGACGUAUUUCAUGUUCGACGGAGCAGUCUGCCAGGAGAUCUAAGACACAACUCUGGGUUAAGCGAUUCCGAGAUCCACAGAAUAGGCGGUCCUGCAACGACUGAAGUCGGUGGCCUUCCGCAACCGUCGAUCGAAAUUUUCAACUCUGUGUGUAGCUGAUAUCUUCAUCGUCCUGGAACGGGACCAGGUGCUGGCAUUCCGAAAACGUCUCAAUGCUGUUUUCCGGGACACUUAAUUAACGACACAAAAGGAAGAAAAAACCCAGCUAGUCUUUCUUUGUGUUUUUGUCUGCCGCAAGGAUUAUGGUGACUUGAAGAACAAUAUGUUCAAGAAAGCGAAGCAGUAUCUUGAUUUUUAACGGUAACCGUCCAAUCAUUCGUAAAGGCAACUGCAUUAGGACACUAUACCAACUUGAGACGCAUAGCAGUGAACCAGAAGACAGUGCUACUGAAUUCUAAUACAUUAUGUGGGUGCUCAGAGCAAAUGACUACCCGCGCAGUCUUGUAAACAAGUGCAGGCGUAUACGAGACGGGGGACCGGAUCGCAUUAGGUUCAAAUUUCAGCGAGCGUUCUCGCAUGUUAGGCACCUCGCACAAGUCGUCGGUCGCCUUCUUAUACCACUUCGAGUCCGAGUUGCACAGAGACCAGGGACAGUUCUCAGGCGCCGAUCAAUUUGGCCAAAAGGGUCACUGCACGGAUAUAGAACGCAUCUAUUCGUUUACGGGAUUUGCUGUGGAAGCAGGCAAAAAAAGUAAAUCGGAGAAACUGGGGGAUUACUCCGAAUGCGAAUGACCGAUGACGCCGCAGCAGUAACGAGGAAUGACGCCAGCUCUUAGGUCGCGGCUUAUUCGACAGGGUUCAUCCACAUCGUCUGAGCCCAGAUGUGAUCGAAUCGUAGUUCUCCGGUCUGCAGUCAAAUAACAGGCACAAUGACUUCCACCUUCAUAAGCAGUGCAUGAAACAUUUCCGGAAUAGAGUAUUGACCAUGCUAGCGCGCGUUUAUGAACGACGUUUCCCCUGAUUGUAUCAGAUAGUUAAGUGGACGAGUAUUUAUCCCGCCACUAAUCAACACCACCGAAAAUCCAAAAAUGACGGACUCGAGUGUAGACGACCAACAAUCGCUACCACCAGCGGUGAAUGUGGAUGCUGAUGAUUGUAAUAAGUACGGUAUGCGUCGGCAUAACAACUGCUUACUGCAAUUUCUGCUCCCCGGAUGCGUCCAAUAACGCACCGUCUCUGUUAAUAAAUCGGAGUUCGAACUCCAACGUCAGGCGAAUAGACGUCCCGCAUCGACUCAUUCUUCUUCAGCUCAAACAGUUGUCCGUUUGCCUGCUUAUAGCCAAUAAAAUUGCAAUUUAUACCGAUCUAACUGGUCUCAUAUAUGUUCUGUACUGUGCACUGAGUCCUGUUGCCGAAGAAGGUAGGCUUUAAAUAUGCGUUUUUUAGGCAGAUGAUUUCCAAUGGGCGAUGGCUCAGUAGGGCUUAGUAUCAGGUAUAAUCUUCCCACAUCGAGAUAUGCUGGGCUUUCCACGUAGCACUUAUUCAUUCACUUGCUCACACUUGCCCAUUGAUUUCUAGGUGACCUAUACAGUCAUUCUUUCUUUCUACUGUUUUCAUUUUGGUUUUUUGAACAAAUUUAAUCUAUUAUAUAUUAGGUAGUUCUUAUGUACGCUGUAAAACGACAGAAAACAGAAAACGGCCAGUCCCAAAAUAUAUAGGUGUCAUUAAUUCCUGUUGUAUGUUCUUUUCGGGCAGAUGAGUCGCAAAAAAAUAGACAGAUUAAAACCUUGUUUAAAAUAUGCCACAAGUAAGCUUUCGCCCGAGAUUGAAUGAAUAUGUAGCUCAUGUUGUCCUAUACUUCUUUCUGAGUUCGAAGUUUUUUCAAUUACCUUCGAAGGUCGAUCCUGCGCCCUGCACUGGAUUUGUGUCCGGCGAGACUAGCAAGUAUCAACAACGAACUGCUGAAUACUCCCCCUCCGUCUAUACGCAAGGCAAAGUUCUGAAUUCCACUCUCCGUCGGAAGAUUUAA